CGUUAGAUGGCGACACGAACUGGUAUAUCGACUUUAAAAUGCACUUUUUUCAUUUUGUGUUAACCAAAUAGUGACAAUUACCGACUUCAAAUAGUGUGGGAUCUUAGUUUUAAAAAUUUCGGUAUUUAAUACAAAAAUAUGAGCAGUAUUUUGAAACUUCAAGCAUCGUGCUUGAAAAACGUAAUAACUUCUUCCUCUACAAAGCUGAAUUCAUUGGUAAGACCUUUGGUUGCAUCCAGAGAUCUUCAUAUACAAGUAGAUAGAAAAAAUGCUUCUACAACUGACAAUGUAUCUAAAGUAUAUCCAAUAAUUGAUCACACAUAUGAUGCGGUCGUUGUUGGAGCAGGAGGUGCAGGUCUUAGGGCCGCUUAUGGCCUUGUACAAGAAGGUUUUAAAACAGCUGUUGUCACAAAAUUGUUCCCAACAAGAUCUCACACAGUGGCGGCACAAGGUGGGAUAAAUGCCGCUCUCGGUAACAUGGAGGAAGAUAAUUGGCAAUGGCACAUGUAUGAUACUGUAAAAGGUUCAGAUUGGUUGGGAGACCAAGAUGCUAUUCAUUACAUGACUCGAGAAGCCCCAAAGGCUGUUAUAGAAUUAGAGAAUGCCGGUAUGCCAUUUUCUAGAACACAAGAGGGGAAAAUUUAUCAAAGAGCCUUUGGAGGACAGUCUUUGAAAUUCGGGAAAGGAGGUCAAGCUCACAGGUGCUGUUGUGUAGCCGAUAGAACUGGUCAUAGUUUACUACACACUUUAUAUGGUCAAAGUUUACGAUUCGACUGUAACUAUUUUGUGGAAUAUUUCGCUUUAGAUUUGAUAAUGGAAGAUGGAGAAUGUCGAGGUAUUACCGCUUUGUGUCUAGAAGACGGUUCCCUACACAGGUUUAAAGCUAAAAAUACUAUUUUAGCUACAGGUGGAUAUGGCCGUGCUUACUUUUCUUGUACUUCAGCUCAUACUUGUACGGGAGAUGGUAAUGCUAUGGUAGCUAGAGCAGGUUUACCUUCACAAGAUCUCGAAUUUGUCCAGUUUCAUCCUACCGGUAUUUAUGGGGCUGGUUGUCUCAUGACAGAAGGUUGUAGGGGUGAAGGUGGUUAUCUUAUAAAUUCACAAGGAGAACGUUUUAUGGAACGCUAUGCACCAGUAGCCAAAGAUUUGGCUUCGAGAGAUGUCGUUUCUAGAAGUAUGACAAUAGAAAUCCGGGAAGGUCGCGGUUGUGGUCCUGAAAAAGAUCACGUUUACCUUCAGUUACACCAUUUACCGGCCGAACAAUUAGCUCAAAGGUUACCUGGUAUAUCUGAAACCGCCAUGAUCUUUGCUGGCGUUGAUGUGACAAGAGAACCAAUUCCUGUAUUACCAACGGUACAUUAUAACAUGGGAGGUAUUCCUACUAACUACAAGGGUCAGGUGCUCACAACUGUAAACGGUGAAGAUAAAAUCGUUUCUGGACUUUACGCUUGCGGAGAAGCGGCUUCUUCAUCUGUACACGGUGCUAAUAGACUUGGUGCCAACUCCUUGUUAGAUUUGGUAGUAUUCGGAAGAGCUUGUGCUCUCACCAUAGCCCAGGAAAACAAACCCGGUGAAAGUAUUGGUAACAUCAAAGAGAACGCAGGUGAAGCAUCAGUUGCUAAUUUAGAUUGGUGUAGAUUCGCCAACGGAGGUAUUAGUACUGCGGAUUUACGAUUACAGAUGCAGAAAACUAUGCAGACACACGCCGCAGUCUUCAGAACCGAGGAAUCCCUUCAAGAAGGCGUACAGAAAAUGAUCGGUUUAUACGGAAAGUUAAAAGACCUCAAAGUAUCAGACAACAGUUUAAUUUGGAACUCAGAUUUGGUUGAAACAUUGGAAUUGCAAAAUUUGAUGUUAAACGCUAUGCAGACAAUCGUAGCUGCUGAAAAUAGAAAGGAAUCCAGAGGGGCCCAUGCUAGAGAAGACUACAAAGUACGUAUCGAUGAAUACGAUUACACCAAACCUUUGGAAACACAACAGAAGAAACCCAUAACGGAACAUUGGAGAAAACACACUUUAACCACCAUCGAUGAAAACAGUGGUAAAGUUAAAAUCAAUUACCGACCUGUUAUAGAUGAAACUUUAGAUAAAACCGAAUGCGCAACAGUACCACCAGCAAUCAGAUCUUAUUAAACACAUUUAAGUCUUUAUUAAUUUGUUAAUCAGCAAUUAUUUGUAGUUGAAAUUAUGGAAAACCGAAAUGCUGUUUCGAAAAGGUGUAGACAAAUAUAUAUGUAUAGAGGUGAGAUAGAUUUUUAAAAAUAAUUAAUAUAUAAUCAGUUUUCAGUUGAUAAAGUAACUGGAUUUGAAAGAGGUUACACUGGUUCUAGUUUUAUUGUAAUUGUAGUAAAUAAAAACGAACUCUAUAAUAUCUUUGGUAGUAGAUUCAAAAUAAUUGUAGAGGAGCCAUAAUUUAUUUUUUUUGUAUAAAAAAAUAAUCUAUUAAUUUACUUUUGGCAAAAAGUUUUUCUUGGUUUAAAUCCCAAAAAAUCGGCCAUUAUCUGAUGAAAAAAUAACUACACUUAUAAAAACUUACCAGUUUUUAGUUCUAUUAUAUUCUGAGUACAAAACUGUAUCACAGUUGAAAUGAAAUUUCAAAACGCUUUCAUUUCUUCUAAAACAAGUAUUUUUUGCAUAAACUCAAAUGUAUUUCAGAGUUUAGACCAUUUUUUAGAAAAAAAAAACUUCAAUCGAAAGUGUUUAUCAUAUCUCCAUACAGUCUUCAAAUACAUUCUCAAAAAUAUUUUCUAUUUUCUCUUAAAUCCAAAUAAGUUUCGACUUUUGCCUUAUUUUGACACCUUCCAAUGCUGAAUUAUAUAUCAGAGUCUGCUUACAACCCAAAAAAAUGUGAAAAAAACCAGCAGAUUUUUUGUGUACCUGAUCUUCAAGUACAUUCUUUCAAUAAUCAGUAAGUUAGCCAUUUUAUAUAGUACAAACAAUUGGUUCUGUUGUAGAUAUUCUUUCUGUUGAAUUCCAUAAUUUCAAUUUUUCUAAUUACUUUGUCCAAGGUACUUCUUUUAAAUGGAGGCUUGUACUUAAAAAUAAACGACACAAUUAUUUAAAAAUAAAUAAAGUAUUUUCUUCGUGUGAUAUAUUUGCCUUAUAUUCGAUUAUUUAUUUAUUUUUAUUAAAACCAGCAACUUUAAAGGAAUCUAUCGGAAAUUAAAGUUGGAAUUUAAUUUAAAUUCUUUCUAAAUAUUUCGAAUUUAACAGGGUAAAUACUGAUAAAUAAUCACAAUUUAAUUUUAUUUAAUGUAAUUUAAAAUCAAAUAAAAAUACAAUUUAAUAUAAAAAAAUAUUUUUUUUAAAUUUGAAACAGUAGUUUAAAUAAUUGAAUAUUGUUCUCGUGAUUCUAUUUGAGUUGGUUGCAAUAUAAAAAAAUUCAAGUAUUUUUUAAUAUAAGAUGAAAAAAAUAUGUUAGUGUCUAAAAUAAAUGUAAAUAUAUUGUUUUCGAAAA